AUGAUAAUAGCUGGAAACACGACAAAACUCGCGCAAUCAGCUGUUCUUCUCAACGCUCCAUUGGCAUGUCAUCACGGGAUGGCAAAUAUCACUUUCAAUCCAAACCAGUUCAUUACAUAUUGGCUUACAAUCUCAACUAAUGUCGAGGUGAUGGCGGUGAGACCGGAGCCAAGGAGAGGACAUUUGAUGGUAAUCGAACGCGGCAAAGCGGAUUGUCAUUUCCUGAAGGAGAGCGGUCAUGUCUGUUCGGCGUUGAUCCCCGCUGUCAAACAGCCGUAUCGAUUGGCCAUUCGAGCUUUUAACCUUCGCGACAAUACGGUUGGAUCAAUGGUGCUUAUCAACAAUAUCACCGUCAAAGCUGAUUUAUGCAAUGAGUCGCCUUUUCCACUUCUAUUCAACUCUGUUCCUUUUGAAGCCCCGUCCACGAGCUCAUCCAUCUGCUUUGAAAGAGUGUUGGAGUGUAUCGAUCCGAUUAAGGGAUGUCGG